AUAGAUUCCUGGAAUGGGGGGCGGCACCGGGAAGGGCUCCCGGCGCGGACAGCCCCGGGGCCACGGGAGGAAUCUCCGGGUGCAGGAUGCGGAGCAGUCCCGGGGGCGCGGCCGGCGGUGCCCCGGCGGGUCCGUGAGCCCCGGUCCGUGUCGCAGCGUGUCGCAGGUGCCGGUGGCCGAGGGCAAGAGCGUGCAGCAGACGGUGGAGCUGCUGGCGCGGCGGCUGGAGGCGCUGGGCGCGGACAAGCAGGGCACGUUCGGCGUGGACUGCGAGACCUAUCACACCGCGGCCACCCUCGGCACGCAGGGGCAGACAGGGAAGCUGAUGUACGUCAUGCACAACUCCGAGUAUCCCCUGAGCUGCUUCGCCCUCUUCGAGAACGGGCCCUGCCUGGUGGCCGACGCCAACUUUGACACCCUCAUGGUGAAGCUCAAGGGCUUCUUCCAGAACGCCAAGGCCAACAAGAUCGAGAGCCGCGGCACCCGCUACCAGUACUGCGACUUUCUGGUGAAGCUGGGCACGGUCACCAUGGGCCCCAGCGCCAGGGGCAUUUCCGUGGAGGUGGAAUCCCGCCCCUGUGAGCAGCUCCAAGCCUGCAGGGCUGUGUUCCCAGGUGGAAUACUGCCCCUGUGUGAUCGCCAACGACUGCUGGAACCUGCUGAUGGAGUUCAUGCAGAGCUUCAUGGGCAGCCACGCGCCCGGCAUCCCGUCGGUGUUCGGCUCCAAGCACGACGGCGCCUACAGCCCCGGGGACACCAUGGUGCAGUACAUGGAGCUCUUCAACAAGAUCCGCAAGCAGCAGCAGGUGCCCGUGGCUGGCAUCAGGUGAGGAGCGUCCCCCGCAGCUCCCCACCCUGCCUGCAUCAGGAGAACAUCCAGAAUGUUCCACGGGAGUUGUUCCUGCUGGGGCUUUCCCGUCUCAAAGCCAUGGAGAUGUCGGAACUCUGCUCGUGUGCUGGGAUCCCUGGGGAUUCCUCCUGGGCUUUUGUUAAUUCUGGGUGUCCUCCACGGUCUGGGAUUCUUGGAUCCGUUGGUUCUGUGGUUUUUUUGGACAGCGUUUCGUGCAGGGAAAAGAGAAAUUCCAGAAGAUUACAGCCGUCUCUUAAAUUUCUAUUUUUUUUUAUACCCACGUUGGUGUUUUGUUGUAUUUCAUCCCAAUAAAAGGCUGGAUUUGGGGAGGAGGGGUUGUCCCAGCACAGUGAGGGUUGUGUUGUACAUUUCCAGGCUUCCCUUGGAUUUCCUUCAAGAGUUUUACGCCCCCAAAGCAAACAUUUCCCUGUGAAAAAAAUCCAGGAAUCCUCUAAUUUUCCUGUUCCUGGCACGUUCUUACCUUGCCUUCAUCCUCUGUAGCUGAUGGGAAUGUCAAAAUCUGCUGCCUCCCAGUGAAGGCUCUGAAUAAAUUAAAAAAUAAAAUAAAUAAGCCUGGCAGGA